UAAAAAUAAACAAUCUUUAAACUUAGAAACACUGAAAUACUAUUGCUUAAGGCCAAGGAAAAUAUUUGAUGUGGUUUUUUUGCCAUGUCUGAAAAUGACCAGUUGGAAGAAGAUAUUUGGGAGUACAAAUCUAUUCGGAAACCAAAAUCAGUAUCUCAAAAUAAUUUGGUGAACAUCUAUACAUCCGUGCAGAAAGCAAAUGAUGGGAAUUGCAAAUCAAAACGAAGUGGAGGUCGGAAUAAAAAAAAACCCUCUGAAAACCAGGACAAGUCUAAGAAAAGUGAACAAGGACCAAGACAGAAAGAUAUUCAACCACUUAUAAUACCUGACCAGAGCUUGAAUCUAUCUAAAGAUGACUAUACUGUGCAGACCCCGGAAUGUGCAACUACACCAGUAAAGCAAAGCAGGAUAUGUAACAAAAAACAAACCCCACCAAAUGCAAGACCAGUUUAUGAUGGAUGGUGCCCGAGCUGCCAGAUGCCUUUCUCUUUAUUGUUAGCCCAGACACCUCGGUGGCAUGUUACUGACUGUUUGGAUACUCCGGGUUCUAUUGAAAAAGAGUGCCCUGAUGGUCUACUGUGCAAUUCCACCAUUCCAUCUCACUACAAGCGCUAUACCCAUUUCAUACUUGCUACAAGCAGAGCAGGGGAUUAUCUUGUUGAUUCUUCAACAUACAACCCAGAGAGAACAUUCAUGUCUUCUGAUGUCACUAACUCAAGUUGUUUCUCAGGCUUUGUGGAUGGCACCUCACAGCAUGAGAAACUGACCAGGAAUGUAAGAAAUGUCUCAAAUGAGGAUCCUAUCUUAGUGAUUCAGAAUUCCACACAACCAAAAUCUCCAAAUCUAACCAAUUUAAAUACUACUUCUUCCACAAAUGUUCUAAAGCCCCAAAAGACUCUUCUGCUCUCACAGUCUGCAGAUGAUAGUGGCCAGCUCAAGUCUUGGGAUUUUCCAUUUUCUCAAGGAAGUGAAGCUAGUGGAGAUCUGGACUGUCAGAAUGCCUCAAAUCAGAAAAAGCUGCUACUUCCAGAAACUGUCUGCAGUGACUGUGAAAUUUCCUACUCCCCACUUAAUACUGAUGAGGAAAAUGAAGAGGAAACAGAGGAGGAGGAAGAGAAGGAGGAGAAAGUAAAAAAAUCACAGAAGAGAUUAUUUCACACCCAGAACUCUGACAAUGAGAGCACCAAAAAGGAAGACUCUAGCUCUUUGUGGUUUACUAAUUUGGGUUGUUCUCCACUCCACGAGGAACCCAAAUAUAGCUGCCUUAAAAUAGGCAGUUUCAUAAUACAAAAUGAACCUUGUGUAGAACUGAAAGGACUGAGUAAUUUGGAUGGUUUUGUUAACCCUGUUUCUCAGGAUCACAUGAACAGCAUGCCAUCUAAUUCAGGAAGUACUGAUAAUCAGUUAAAACACCCACAAGUGGCACUAACUGCAGAAUCCUCUAUUUCCCUUAAUUAUGAUAUAACUAAGAAGGAAUUUGAUUGGCCAAAGUUAAGCGCCUCUGUUUCUAAUACAGGUAAUUGGGAGCUAAAAGAUAUUGAUGCUUGCCAUUUGGAUUCUGCAGACUUGGCUGUGGAUGAUCCGUCAUUGUCCUUGAAAGUCAAAGAAGAAGGUGGUAGAUCUUUUCUGUCAAGGCAAAGUGAAGUUUCAAAGAAACCUAGUUACUUCAUCAUUAAUAAAAUGACUACUAAUGCAAGUGGAAAUGCAGUAUACCAGAAGAGAUCACAGCCAGUAACAGAGAAAAAAGAAAGUCUUCCUAGUACAGCUGCUGUACCUCUUGCCAGUACAGUCUCUAAAACACAGUCAUUGGGUUUUUUUGCAAAUAUGAAACCCAAAUCUGUUUCAGCCAAAGAACUGAAACAAAUGGACAUUGGUGUUUUCUUUGGAUUAAAACCCAAAGCAAAAGAAGAGAACACAGUGGAGAAACAUUUUGGGGAGGGAACACAGGCCUCAAGUCCUGUAAUUCCCAAUGGAAAAAGGCCCAGACUACGAAAGCGGAAAGCUGAAGGCUCCGUGGGAGACAUAGAUGCAGUCCCAGAAAGUUCAAAGAAAGAUGGAGUCUGUGCAGAUACAACAUCUGGUGGGCAGCGAAGUUGGAGGAAAAGAUUUAAGGCAUUGUCUUCUACAGAAGAAGGAACAAAAAACAAAAAGUGCCCCUUUUAUAAGAAGAUACCAGGAACUGGAUUUACAGUUGAUGCAUUUCAGUAUGGAGAAAUCGAAGGUUGCACAGCGUAUUUCCUCACUCAUUUCCAUUCUGAUCAUUAUAGUGGCUUAACAAAAAAAUUUACAUUUCCAAUCUACUGUAAUAAGGUAACUGGCAACUUGGUGAAGAGUAAACUUCAAGUGCAAGAACAAUAUAUCCACAUAUUGCCAAUGGAUACAGAAUGUAUAGUGAAUGGAAUCAAAGUGGUCUUGCUCGAUGCCAAUCAUUGUCCCGGUGCCACGAUGAUCCUUUUUUGCCUUCCCAACGGAACUGUGAUUUUACAUACAGGGGACUUCAGGGCAGAUCCCUUUAUGGAGCGAUAUCCUCUUCUGAUGAACCGAAGGAUUCACACUCUGUAUUUGGAUACUACAUACUGCAGUCCUGAAUACACUUUUCCAUCUCAACAAGAGGUUAUCCAGUUUGCUAUCAACACUGCCUUUGAGACAGUAACUUUAAACCCACGUACCUUGGUCGUCUGUGGCACCUAUACCAUUGGAAAAGAAAAGGUCUUUCUAGCAAUUGCUCAAGUUCUGGGCUCUAAAGUGAGCAUGUCUCCAGAUAAAUACAAAACGCUGCAGUGUUUGGAGUCAGCAGCUGUUAAUUCCCUCAUCACUGUGGACUGGAACAAUACUUUGCUUCACCUUCUUCCCAUGAUGCAAAUUAAUUUUAAGGGCUUGCAAAACCAUUUAAACAAGUUCUCGGAGAAGUUUGACCAAGUUCUGGCUUUCAGGCCCACUGGAUGGACUUACUCCAAUUCAUGUCAUGCAGUUAUCAAACCUCAGACCAGGGGAAAGAUCACCAUAUAUGGGAUUCCUUACAGUGAACAUAGCAGUUACCUAGAAAUGAAACGAUUUGUCCAAUGGCUGAAGCCACAGAAAAUCAUCCCCACUGUAAAUGUUGGUGAUUGGAGAGCUAGAAGCAUGAUGGAGAAGCAUUUUAGAGACUGGAAGAUGGAACCUACUGAGCAGAAGGAAGAAUUUACUUCCCAAAGGACAUGUGCAUGGGGAGGAAUUGAAGUAUCCAAGAAUUCCAUUUAGCCUUCUUUUUUUUUCCUAUGAUGCCUGAUUUGAGAAGAAAGAUGCUGCCAUUCUCCCGCGAGAAACCAAGGUCACAUUCUUCCACAAGUUGACAUAGGAAAGCUAUGUUACCAUUAGCCUAUUUCCUCCUAGCUUAUACUUGCAAAACAAAAAAACCUGCCAAUGUAUCUUUUAGGUUGUUUUGGAAAAUUAUUUCAGUGUAUUUGCUUUGCACAAAACUAUCCAGUAAAACACUUUAGCACUUUAAUAAGUUUAAGCAUCUGAAUAGUCUCAUUGACUUCACUGGGACUGCACAGAUGCUUAAAGUUUGGUACAUGCUCAACUGCUGCAUUCCAGCCUAAGUUUCACUCCUCUUUUGCCAUCUUUUGCUUGCAUGACAUGGCUUUGCAGAACUCAAGGAAAGAAACUGAACCAAGAUUGUUACUGGCAUGUCAGUACUAUACAGUCCUUCUUCUACCAAUCUAAUGCCCAGAUGUAUGACACUGGGCUUUAAAAUGGGAAACAGAUCACCCCACUUUACUAAAUGUACAAGAAGAAAUUUGAAUUUAAGUGAGACUAAUUCAUUUACAAGAUAUAGAGUUUUCUGUCAUGUAAGAAUUUCUGAUGAGAAAUGAUUGUAAUGAGUGGCACCAGUUUGUUGCACAAUGUAAAUUCUGGUCCCAAAGAGCAGGUUGUUGCAUUAAGAAGCAGAUAUAAGGGUAGUGACCCUAACGAUUUCACACAUCUGCGAACUGCACAACAUAACAGAGCAAUUUAAACUGUGACAGUAUUGUGCAAUUAAGCAUUUAACAGAAUAAUGAAUGCUUAUAAAGAUAUUUCUACCCGUGUGUAUUUUUAACAUUCUAUGUAUGUACAUUUUUAUAAAUCUGUUUUAAAUAAAGAAUCUAAGUUAA